AUGUACACUAUUGAGCCACGCCUGAUAGCCUUGCUCAACGAUGAACCUUCCGAAGCAUAUACGGCGUCUCGCUCGCUGGAACUCCCUUCACUGAACCGUCCAAGUAUAUUUACAGCAGAUGGGCGGCCUCUAUUACUUGAGCCAGAUGCAGGGACUCCAAAUGGCAAGCCAGCACCAAAUUCGAAGGCACAGCUUGGUCCGCAACACGCAGCGACGGUGACACCUCCAAUCGACGACGGAGAGAAAGAACGCAGUGAGCAAAAGCAGCCAUCUGAAAAGGCUAUCACCGAUCGAGCUUUACGUAGCUCAUCACCCCAAUCCUUACGAAAGAUAUUGGAUGACGAUACAGGCGGCGCGGCCAGUAUACCAUCAAAGAAACGGCUCAUUGCGGAGAACAGCAAAGACGAUUUCGUCCAGCUUCCUCAACCGCUGAAGAAACACAAAGCUGCUAAACAGGUAGUGCCUCCAAUCAUUAUCGGCCUCUUCGAGCCUCCCCCGCAAGCAGCAUUGUUUCCUCCAAUAGCCUCAAGCUCCUUUCACGAUAGCCACGGCAGAAACAGCCUAAAUAUUGUCCCCACCAGCGUCCAAGAAGUCGAAGAACCCGCGAAAUGCACAUCGCCAAAAGCAAUCGAGAAAAAGAGUGUAGCCGCCAAGAGUAGCAAGACGAGGAAGGAUGUUCGGGUGAGGAAGAAAUGGACAGAAGAGGAGACAGAUAAUCUCUUAUUGGGAGUGUAUAAACACGGUGUAGGCAAUUGGAGCGAUAUUCUCGAAGACUCGGAUUUCUUGUUCAAUGGGCGAUCUGGAGCUGAUCUCAAGGACCGUUUCAGAACGUGCUGCCCUGCUGAAUUGCGCGAAAACGAUCGGAACGGUAAGGGAUUCAAACAAGCAGAAUCAAUUUCUAGCCAGAACACGCUACCAGGAAAGUCGAAAUCGAGUUUGAUGUCCGAGAAUAUUCUUAUUGAUGACGAUGACCCGCCAGCCAAUCCCAAUUCCGUCGAAGGGACCUUGAGCAAAGCUAAGAAAAGCCGCGCUCAUCGAAGAAAGAUGGCAGACCUUGCUCAACUGGGCAUUGCAGGACCUUUUCGCAAGUCUCGCCGCCGGGAAAGGAGACCUUUCACUGAGGAAGAAGACCGCGCAAUUCUGAAUGGGUAUAAUCUACUUGGACCUGCGUGGACACGAAUCCAGAGAGAUCCUAGGUUCCACCUCCAAACCAGACAGCCUACAGAUCUGAGAGACCGCUUUAGAAACAAGUACCCAGAGAAGUUCCGUAGCGAGGAUAAACUGGAUGCAUCUAGCAAAGAACACGUUGGUACUCAAUUCGAGCAGCAACCCCCCCACGUUCAGCCAAAAGCGAAAGAUAAAGAGACUUCGGGUCCGGAUCCAGUAGCGAACGGUGUGCAAUCGUCUCUAGCCCCUGUUCCGCCAUUAAAGACAUCGAGUGAACGUAGGAGAGACAGAACUGAAAAUGAGGAUGGAAGCCCAACAAAGCACGCGUCUUCCUCUCUUCAGUCGUUUUCCAGUCGUGAAGGUUUACGAAUUCAAGAAAUCAUCUCAACCGAGGACGACUCAUCAAAAGCCAUGCCGUUACAGCCCCAGAGCUCGCUGUACAACUUCAAAGACAGUUUCAACACCUUCUCAGACCCGCCUGCCAUGGAGUCCUCGGAAGGCCUGGCAUUCUCUCAAUCAUUCGAUUGGGGCGGGUCGAUGACAGCUCCUUUUACCAGUAAUAUGGGCGAGAUGGACAUAUCUCGUUUACUGCUAGACGAGACCUGGAUCGACAAUGCGAGCUCUGGGAAGGAGAAGCAAAGUCUUGCGGAGAUAAGCAGUAUUAUCAGCUCCGGAGCGGACCAUCCUAAUAUCCCAACCUUUGACAACAUGCUCGGGGAUGCAGAACGGAUUGAUGAUUUACAAGAGUCUCCAUUUGGAUGA